GGUUUUAUUUUCACCAGACAGGCUGGGGUCACAGGCCCCCGAGUGGCCCUCAGGUGACUUGCUCCACCUUUGGACCUGGGAUACUGGCCGACCGGGCCCUGGGAGCCAGGAUCCCCGGAUACCUGCACGUGGCCGUGGGACGAAGCCUCGGGCCCUGGGCGCCAGCCCCCGCCGGCUCACUGACAAGAAGGCGCCCGCGAGACCGAGGGCGGCCCGAGCUGCRAGCCACGGAGCCCGCCGCCCGCAGAGCCCGCCGACGUCCUCCCCGUCGCUGGGCAGGCGCACGCCCCCGCCAAGGCGGCUCCGGGCCCUCUCGCGAGAGAGCCCGGCGGCACCUCCUUCCUCUCGGCGGUCCCCUCCUCCCCGCCUCGGAGGACUCGCGCGGCUUCCUCCGGAGGGCGGCAACCUCGGACGUGGCGGGUGCGGGGCCGGAGGCGCUGUGCUCUGCCGUCCUCAAGCAGAAGGCCUGCCCCGCUCCAGCCCCGCGCUCCCUGGGCCUGACGGGCUGCGGCGCGAGCGCGUUGGGGGCGGGUCGGGAGAAUGGCUUCGGAGAUGGAGUCGUCGCUCGAGGCAAGCUUCUCCUCCAGCUGCACGGUGUCSGGGGGCUCGGGGUGCCUGCCUCCGGCCCGCUCCCGYAUCUUCAAGAUCAUCGUGAUCGGCGACUCCAAUGUGGGCAAGACGUGCCUGACCUACCGCUUCUGCGCCGGCCGCUUCCCCGACCGCACCGAGGCCACCAUCGGGGUGGAUUUCCGAGAGCGAGCGGUGGAGAUUGAUGGGGAGCGCAUCAAGAUCCAGUUGUGGGACACGGCAGGACAAGAGCGGUUCAGGAAGAGCAUGGUACAGCACUACUACAGAAAUGUGCACGCUGUCGUCUUCGUGUAUGACAUGACCAACAUGGCUAGUUUUCACAGCCUGCCGUCUUGGAUCGAGGAAUGCAAACAGCAUUUGCUGGCAAAUGAUAUACCACGGAUUCUCGUUGGAAAUAAAUGUGACUUGAGAAGUGCCAUUCAGGUACCCACAGACUUGGCACAGAAAUUUGCUGACACACACAGUAUGCCUUUGUUUGAAACCUCUGCUAAAAACCCCAAUGAUAAUGACCAUGUGGAAGCUAUAUUUAUGACCUUGGCUCAUAAGCUUAAGAGCCACAAACCAUUAAUGCUUAGUCAACCCCCUGAUAACGGAAUUAUCCUGAAACCUGAAGCAAAGCCUGCAGUGACAUGCUGGUGCUAAAUAACAGCUUUAUUGCACUAUCUCAUUUUGACUAAAAAUGCUUUUGAAGAAUGACAGUGAUAAGUCUUAAGAUUUAAUCUCAAAUAUAAUGGAUCAUCCUGAAACCUCACUGUUAUCAGUGUCAUGCUUACUUUUGUAUUGUGUAUCCACUUAGUCAAGUUUGUCACUGUGACAACACAAGGGAAAAGUUGGUUUUGAAGUGAGAUUGACAAUGAAGCAAGGCUAGGAGGAAUACCAGCUCUUCCCAUGGAGAGCCCCAUGAAGGAGGCCUCCAGGGAGCGAUGCUGGAAGUGCCAGUCAGGAACCCUUCCAUCCCACGCUCCUGGGACUGAAAAAGAAAAUCUGUUCAGGAUAYACCUCCUGAUGUUAAGUCCGGUGUGAGGGCAGAUGCUGUGACUUCACAAGGUGCUUUAUACUUCAUUUUAUCAUCUUUUAGCAGCAAAAAACGAAUUGAAAGCAUCUGAGGAGUUG